GAGGGAACCUCAAGCGACGGAAACUUCAAAGGUCAGAGGAUUCGACGGACGACUUCUUUAGCCGCCAGCCCGCCAUCACGCCUCGAACCAAGAGUCCACAUGUUCGGCCGUUCCGGGGCUCAUCGGCUUGUUCACCUUCUGUCUGCAUGUUCUCCUAAGUCCUAAUCGACUCAUUAAGUCACAGGCUCACUGCGUCACCGCCUCACCGGCUCACCGCCGGUCUGCCUCGAUACUUGAAGAUGACUUCCGUAACAUUGAAGAAGAACUACAAGUGCGUUCAGUCCCUACAACAAUUCUAUUCCGGCGGGCCGUACGCAGUCUCGUCUGACGGGUCUUUCCUCGCUUGCGCUUGCAAUGAAACCAUUAAAAUCGUGGACGCUUCGAAUGCAUCCUUAAAAUCAACAAUUGAGGGUGAUUCUGAGCAGGUCACAGCUCUUGCUCUUAGUCCUAACAACAGUUUGCUCUUCUCUGCCAGUCACAGCCGCCAAAUUAGAGUCUGGGACCUCUCUACCCUCAAAUCCCUUCGUUCCUGGAAGGCAAACGAGGGACCUGUAAUGGGAUUAGCCUGUGAUGCGUCUGGUGGCCUGCUGGCAACAGCGGGUGCAGAUAGGAAAGUACAAGUUUGGGAUGUUGAUGGAGGCUUCUGUACCCACUAUUUCAAAGGUCAUAAGGGAGUUGUGACUAGCAUUAUGUUUCAUCCUGACCCAAAUCGUCUAAUUCUUUUUACUGGGAGUGAUGAUUCUACAGCUCGAGUGUGGGAUCUAACAAGCAAGAAGUGUUUGGCAACACUUGAAAAACAUCAAUCAACAAUUACUUCCUUUGCGGUAUCUCUUGAUGGAUGGACCUUAAUCAGUGCAGGGAGGGAUAAGGUAGCAAAUUUGUGGAAUCUGCAAGACUUUAGCUGUAUGAUAACAAUUCCAACAUUUGAGGCACUUGAAGCUGUAUGCUUGAUUGGGCCUGACUCUCCUUUCAAUGCAUGUUUUGCUUCUUCUGCACAUCCUGUAAACAAGAGAAGUGGAGUACCAUCAAUUAAUUUUGUAACUGUCGGUGAAAGAGGAGUAGUGAGGAUAUGGAAUUCCGAUAGAGGUCUUUGUAUUUUCGAGCAAAAGUGUUCAGAUGUUACUGUCAGUUCUGAAAAAGAAUCCCAAAGAGGCUUUAUUUCAGCAUUCAUUUUGCCUUCAAGUCAUGAGUUGCUGUGUGUCACGGCUGAUCAGCAGUUUCUUAUUUAUUCUCCCCAUGAAUCUGAAGGUAUAUUUCGACUAAAUCUUACAAAAAGGCUUGUUGGGUACAAUGAAGAGAUUGCAGAUAUGAAAUUCUUAGGAGAUGAUGAACGAUUCCUUGCUGUUGCCACAACUGUUGAACAGGUCCGAGUGUAUGAUUUGACUUCAAUGUCAUGCACCUAUGUGUUGACAGGUCACACCGAAAUUGUCCUGUGCUUAGAUACAUGUGUAUCAUCUGGAAGGGAGCUAAUUGUUACAGGAAGCAAGGACAACAGUGUUAGGUUGUGGGAUUCCCAUGCUAGACAUUGCAUUGGAGUUGGUGUUGGCCACAUGGGAGCUGUUGGUGCCAUAGCCUUUUCAAAGAAACAUCUCAACUUCUUUGUGAGUGGUAGCAGCGACCGUACUCUGAAAGUAUGGAGUCUAGAUGGCCUCCCGGACAACAAUGAAGAAAUUUUUAAUUUGAAGGCAAAAUCAGUAGUUGCAGCACAUGACAAGGAUAUUAACUCUUUGGCCAUUGCACCAAAUGAUAGUCUUGUUUGUAGUGGUUCCCAGGACCGCACUGCGUGCAUUUGGAGGCUUCCAGAACUAGUAUCUGUUGUCACACUCAGAGGGCAUAAAAGAGGGAUUUGGUCGGUGGAAUUUUCUCCAGUUGAUCAGUGUGUGAUUACGGCUUCUGGAGAUAAGACCAUAAAGAUAUGGGCUAUAUCUGAUGGUUCGUGCCUGAAAACAUUUGAAGGGCACACAUCAAGUGUAAUUCGAGCAUCAUUUAUUACGCGGGGCACUCAAUUUAUUUCUUGUGGCGCUGAUGGUUUAGUGAAGCUUUGGACAGUCAAGACCAGUGAAUGUAUUGCAACAUAUGACCAUCAUGAAGACAAGGUUUGGGCUUUAGCUAUUGGGAAGAGGACAGAAAUGCUUGCAACCGGUGGCAGUGAUGCAAUAAUCAAUUUAUGGCACGACUCCACAGCUUCAGAUAAGGAGGAGGCUUUUCGUAGAGAAGAAGAAGGUGUUCUGAGAGGUCAGGAGCUAGAGAAUGCUGUGUUGGAUGAGGAUUACACUAGAGCGAUCCAGAUCGCUUUUGAGCUUCAGAGACCUCACAAGCUGUUUGAGCUAUUCAGAGAACUCUGCAGUAAAGAAGAGCCUAAAGUUCUGUUAGAAAAAGCUUUCCAUUCAUUUGGCAAGGAAGAAUUUCGAUUGCUUUUGGAGUAUAUCCGAGAAUGGAAUACAAAACCAAAGCUCUGUCACAUUGCACAGUUUGUUCUCACUGCAGUAUUCACCAUUCUUCCACCCACACAGAUGGUAGAGAUAAAAGGUAUUGGAGAGUUGCUUGAAGGAAUUAUUCCUUACUCGCAGAGGCAUUUUAGCAGGGUGGACAGGUUAGAAAGAAGCACUUAUCUAUUGGACUAUAUGUUAACCAGCAUGUCAGUCAUUGAACCCAAGUUGAGCGAUGGCAACUUGAGUCAAAACAUAGAAGAAAAUGAUGCUAGAGACGUCUCCAUUGAAGCAGCAGCAGAAGAAGAAGAGAAGUUGAAAGAAGGCGUAUUUGCGGAGCAAGAGGCCGGCCAGACAGAGGAUAAAACUGGUGUCCUCUCUUCAAAGAAAAAGAUAUCACGCAACUUGAGAGGCAUUGAACCAUUAUUAGCUGGGGUUUUAAAUAUGCAAAAUUCUAAUCAAGAUAAGUUGGAAAUGAGAAAGACGUCUUCGAAGAAAAGGAAAUCACACAAGUUAAGAGAAUCUGAACUAGUAGUCGGUGACGAUUUAACAGAGGUAAAUCAGGAGGACUUGAAAAGCAACAUCUCUUCAAGCAAAAGGAAAUCACAUAAGUUAAGAGGCUGAUUCUGAGAUGGAUAGAUACAUAGGUAAAAUGAGGCCAUAGGCUACAAUUUCGGAUCCAUACUUGGGCUCCAGUUAUGGUGUGUAAUGGCUGCCUAAAGCUAGAGACUGUUAUUAUCCAGUUUUGUCACGAGGGGCAUUCUAUUAUUAUUAUUCCUUGACAAGUUACCAUUCCCCUUGAAUGUAAUCAAUUAAACUAUGUGAAUUGCGGCAAAAGUUAUUUUUUUUGACAUUACGCGAUCCAUGAAUAUUCAUAGAGAAUGGCCCCUAAGUUUUGGGGUUAAUUAUCGUUUAACAUGAUUUUUACUUGUAACAUGCUCACUUGGGGUUAUUGUUUUUUAUAGGAUGAUUUUAUUAUGGUGGUC